AUGGCACCAUUCUCUCCUUUACCUCCUACCACCCAGAUAACCAGAGCCUUCCAACCAUCUCGACAUCCUUUACUUUUCGGCCAGACCAAACAACACGAUUUUUCACAACCACCUUCCAAACCCAAAGUCCAAUUUAAACGGGGUCCACCUACACCUAUCGAGCAAUUCUUCCAUGGUGGCCAUCUUUCGUUCGGUAUCCUAUUUUGUCUGUUCGUAGCUACCUUAUGGCUCUUGGCUGCCUUUUCUGCCGCUCAGAUGAGUAUAUCGUUACCGUCGCCCAGUGACAUGGUCUAUAUGGAUGAAAGUAUGAACGAAGCUGGGAUAUGGGGUGAAGUAGGGAUGUACGAGCUUAGUGCUUGGAGAAGGAUCAGAUUGGGUGAAGAAGGAGAAGGCCAAGGGUCGAGAUGGAAGAGAAAUGAAGCUGUUUUGGAAAUGUUGAAAGAAAAAGAGAAAGAAUCAAAAGCCCCUAUAACCACUGGUACCAUUAUUACAUCAUCGCAUCCGGCCAUGGAUAACAUCCCCAUAUCAACUUCCACACCAUCUUCAGUAAUGGCUGAACCUUCCUCACAGCAGAAGACAAGUCUACUUUCACCUUCUAUAUCACCGUUUCUUCCCAAUUUGGAGCAAAGAGGCGAUGAGAAGCCAGAUAGCCUCGAAUUUGAUGACAAUAUGUCCCAAGAAGCAGUAGAUGAGGACGACAGGGCUGCUACUAGCUCAAUUGAGAGUAGGAGGCACAGACAUCAUGUCGAAGAGAAGAAUGAGGAUGUUGACGGAGGGCUAUGA